AUGUCUAUCAUCAAGCCCUAUCCCCUCUCCGCCACGUCGAGGGUCUUGUUCUGGGUCCCAAGUAGAGAACCAGACUUCGCUGACAGCCUGACGAUACGCCCCCCUUCACCAACCUCAUCGCUAAGGGCCUGCUUUGUUCGUUCGAGACCAACCUCGCUGGCCUGGGGGUCUCAGGACGAUUUCUCCAACCUCAAUUUCUCGCAAUUCGCCAUGCCACCGGGAUCCGACUCGCCUUCCUCGAGCACAGACAGUUUCCACAGCGCUAUCUCUAGUUUUUCGUCUAUGGACUUUGAGGGGAAUGGCGCGAACACUGGCUGUGUGGUGGUUGAGCCUGUCAACCAAGUGGACGACAUUGCAAAAGGGUUGAAAGAAGCGCUUCAUCAGUUGGGCCGGACCCGACGCAGAUGUUACAGCCACUCUGAUGUCCAUCCGACAUUCACGUCGGCGGCGAGCAGGUGCACUCUAACGCCGUUGAAAUUUUUGGGGCGAUCUAGAACUCAAGCUCGUACCGCGGUCCCUUGCACGCCUACUUCUACCGGCCAUGAUACUGAGGUAGAGACAGACAUUAUAAUUGUCGACAAGCAGGGGAAUAGGACGACUCGUACCUGGAAGGGUCUCAGGAAAGGUGUGUCGAGCAUUUUGACGAGGAAGGAAAGCGUCUCUUCAAAGCCGAAACUCGACGACUCUGCCACUCCUCCUGCUUCUGUAAAGAAUGGGCGUUCGAGACCCUUCAUCUUCACUAUUAGGCGUCGAGGCACUAUAGGUUCCACUCCUGCUCAGCCCUCUUCCUCUAUCGACACUUCCCCUUCUACUUCCGAUCCUCCUAGACCACGUCGUGUCCUUGCUAAAAAAAAGAGGGUUCACGCGCUUAAGCUCGCUACCGCAGUGAUGGAGCCACCCGUAGUUGAUCCCACAUCACAGGUGCCCAUAGCCUUACUCGAGGGUGCAAAGCGCGCAGAACUCCCAACACAGGCCGUCAUGACACGCGCAGACCUCCGCCGCUCCCGCUGCCGUUCUCGAUCGCUGUCGUCCUUACGAAUCAGGCCCGACUCAUUUUUCUUGGGAUAUGGUUGUGAGGGCAUGGAUGAGGGCAUGGAUAAGGAAGCGGCGGAGGCAGUCGUUGAUAUAGCUACCAUAAUGGGUGGGGCGUGUGUGUGGACAUAUGAGGCCUAUCGCUGAAGAAUGAUUGGUCUACUGGGCCAAGAUACUUCCUUUCCUUGGCGAUUUUUUCUCGUCGUACCCAUGAUUAUUAUUCUCUAGUUUGAUAUGCCUUAUGCCUUAUGCCAAUCGCGGACACCUAUGUAUACUUUCACUUAUUCUUAUGCAUCCCCCCUUUAUCUCGAA